AUGAGUCUUUGGGCAGAUAAAUACAAACCCAAGACAUUGGAUCAACUUUCAUACCAUGAGGAUUUAUCUCACCAUUUAAAGAAGCUGGCUAAUUCAGACAACUUUCCUCACAUGUUGUUUUAUGGACCUUCUGGAGCUGGUAAAAAGACACGUAUUACAGCCAUCUUGAGAGAGAUUUAUGGACCUUCUGUGGAUAAACUUAAAGUGGAUCAGCGUCAAUUUGUGUCUAGUUCGAAUCGUAAAAUGUUGUUUACUGUUGUAUCUAGUAAUUUUCACUUGGAGUUGAACCCAAGUGAUUUAGGCAUGUAUGAUCGCGUCAUUGUUCAAGAUGUUAUCAAGAGUAUUGCGCAAUCUCAACAAAUUGAUUCGAAUGCUAAGCAUCAAUUCAAGGUCGUGAUUAUUGACCAAGCGGAUGAAUUGACACGAGAAGCGCAAGCGGCCCUUCGUCGUACGAUGGAGAAAUACACGUCGACGAUGCGAUUGAUUCUUUGUUGCAACAGUUUGAGUAAGAUCAUUGCACCUGUGCGAUCACGAUGUUUGUUAAUGCGUGUAGGAAGACCCGAAGUGAAUGAGGUGGUACGCGUAUUGGGAGAAGUGGCCAAGAAGGAAGGAUUUGAACUUCCCCGUGAGUUGGCAAUGAAUAUUGCUGAGCAUGCCGAAAGAAAUAUGCGUGCCGCCUUGUUAUCCUUGGAAAGCACAGCCGUGAGACACCCGGAUUUGACAUCCAUUACACGACCCGAGAAUUUGGACUGGGAAAUGGCGAUUUCGAGAGUGGCCGAUUUAAUUUUAGCAGAACAAUCACCUGCUCGAUUAUUGUUGGUGCGAAGCCAUUUUUAUGAUAUCAUUACCAAGUGUAUUCAAUCAACCGUGAUUUUGAAACGAUUGGCCUUUUUCUUGAUCCAAAAGGUGGAUGAACCUAUGAAGCUAAAGAUUAUCGAGAAGGCCGCUUUCCACGAGCAUCGUUUGCGUUUGGGUAGUAAAGAUAUUUUCCAUUUAGAAGCUUUCGUUGCUAAUGUCAUGAGUCUUUAUAAAAGGUUUGAAAUCACCCCCGUUGUUGUCUUGUACCAUUUUUUUUUAAUUGACUCUUUUUCUUUCUAG